UGUACUGAGGGAAAGAGUGGAAUUCCCUUUUUCUUUCUAUAGAGGAUCAUGACAAAGGUGUCUUGAGAAGAGUGAAUCUCCAUAUGCUGCAGGGAAAUCCACAAAUUCCUCCGUAAAGGAUUUAUUACCUAACAUGGACUCUAUGUGAAAAAACAACAACAACAACAACCCUUCACAUUUGGGAUUUACCACUUUCGAUUUGGAUUGUAACACUUUUCCUAGACUGGUUGUGGAGUCAUGGAAGGUCUCGAAGCACUGAGUGAAAUUUCUUUGCUGACCGUUUCCACCGAGUGGUAGUGACCCCAGCAUGUAGCAGAGGUGAACAAGUCCCUUCACGCUUGGGAACAAUCUGACAACAUAAUGGGGAACUCGUAUGCCGGGCAGCUGAAGUCUGCUCGAUUUGAAGAGGUUCUCCAUAACUCUAUCGAGGCGUCGUUGCGUUCGAGCAGCGGAGAUCCACAGCCUAUAUUCACUCAGCUCUAUCUCGAGCCAGAGCCGUUUCCCGGAAAUAUGGAAGCAGACAUAAAGCCCAAAGCCGAAUUCCAUGCCGUGGAGCCGCCAGGUCAUGAGCUCAUGAACGGCCACUCUUCCAACGAUCUGGAGGAGCUGGAAGAUGACGAUGACUCCGACAGCAGCAGCCCUCCACUCCCCUACCUACAGGCUCCUGUACCUGACGGCUGUUGCACACUGGACGGAUUCUGUCAGGCCGGUAAGGACCUCCGCCUGGACUCCAUGACAACAGAGCUCAUCGAAGUCCCAGCAGGCUUCGAGCUGGUGGGUGCAAAGUCCCCCAGUGUCCCAGAGCACAUCCUGGUGUGUGCUGUGGAUCGACGCUUUUUGCCUGACGAGAACGGGAAAAAUGCACUUUUAGGUUUUUCGGGAAACUGUGUGGGCUGUGGUGAGAAGGGUUUUAGAUACUUCACCGAGUUUUCGAACCACAUCAACCUGAAGUUAUCCACCCAGCCCAAGAAGCAGAAGCACUUAAAAUAUUACCUGCUGAAGAAUUCACAGGGUGCUCUGUGCAAAGGACCCCUCAUCUGCUGGAAAGACUGUAAAUCCCGACAGUUCUCCAGCAAUGCGUCCACCUCCAAGCCCAGCUCGUCCUCCUCUCUCAGCAGUAAAGAGAACUGUGGCACCAGUGGACAAAGCUCCUCUCCGUUUUCCCUCUCAGAUUCUCCGCCCACCGCCAGAACGACGCAGGCAUCUUCUGUCUUUUUUGGGAGUCAGGACAUGAGCAGAGAGUGCAGUUUUAUCAAACCUUUGACUUCCACACCUGGAAACAAGACUCUGCCAAUAGCAGUUCCCACAGCUCUGAGGGUGAACGGGCCGACGAAUGGUCUGAGCGUUGAUGCGCGUCCUCCUUCACUGAGUCCCUCUCAGGUUGCCAUACCGCCUCCAGGUCGGGGCUAUCGCUCAUCCGAUUUAGGAGACAGUCCAUUGGCUUCUGCCAUGACCUCGGGCCCUCCAAAGAAGCGCCACCGGAGCUGGCAUCCCAACACGUUGGUGCCGGUUCCACCCACGGCUGUACCUGUUCCCGCCAUCCGACCCAUUGUCUGUCCCCCAGGGUCGGUGUUAGCAGUGACUUCUCCUCAGCCACAGGUAGCUGGAGUCAUUCAGCCGCAGCCCAUUACUGCUGGAGAAACAGUCAUAGUUCCUGACAACCUGCUUACCUCAGCGGGUGUUCGGCCCGUCAUCCUCAUCGGGCAUGGCACUUUACCUUAUUUCUAUGGAAACGUUGGGGACAUAGUGGUGAGCCCCCUGCUGGUCAACUGCUAUAAGACCAGCCAUCUGACAGAGAAAACCCUGGAGACUUUGGGCCUCAACAGAAAUCAACUUCUCAGCGUGGAAACAAUGAUCCUGCUCACUCUUCAGUAUCUUGCACGUUUAGGUUCUGACCAGAUUCCACUGAGGGAGGAGCUGGAACAGAUCGUUCUGAAGGCCAUGCUGUGCUGUCCUGGUGGUCCCGCCAUCUCCCUGACCCAGCUGCCGUGGCUGGCUCGGCUGGAAGCCAGCGUCUCCGGGGGCAGCGUCCAAGUCGUGGUUACCCAUAACUCUUUGGGAGAGGGCAUUUCUGAGUCGCUGCGUACGCUCAGUGAGGGUCCUCACCACCAGCAGUGCCUGCCCACCUAUGUGGUCAUCAUAUGCGCCUCGAAAAUGAGCAGCAACGAGUUCUGCGUGCUUGUUUUGGGAAAGUACCAAGCACGGGCCUUAGCUGAAGGAAUGCUGACGACCAACGAGUUUCUGAAGGAAAUCAGCUACGAGCUCAUCACGGGGAAGGUCACCAUCUUGGCAUCUCACUUUAAAACAACCUCAUUAGGGGACAAUCUGGACAAGCAGCUGGUGCGAUACCAGCGCCGGCGGAGAGGCCAGGUCAUCCAGCCCUUUCAGGGGGAUGUCACUGACCACAUCCACUCCCAGGAGGCUGCCAGCAUGUCACCACCCUCAGACAGAGAGCUCUUAACGAAGGUGUUCCAGAUCCAUCCCACCCAGCUGAGAGUGGCUCGCAGCCUCCUCUCUCAAGUCUGCUCCAUCGCAGACUCUGGGACCCAGAACCUCGACUUGGGUCGCUUUUGUAAAGUGGACUUUCUCGUGUUGGUCCCGCCCUCUCACGUACUGGUGCACCAGACGGCGCAGCGCAUACGACAAUCAGGAGUGCUCGUGGACCUGGGAAUUGAAGACGUCUGCUCAGCUCACCAGAAACCGGACAAGUACGUGGUGCGUCUGGACAACGACGUUCACGCCAAGAUGGAGGCCUUCAUGAGGAAAGUCAAACAGAAUCCCUACACUCUGUUCAUCCUCAUUCACGACAACUCGCAUGUCGACCUCACAAGUGCUCUGUCUGGCUCUGUGUGCCAUGGCGAGCUGCAGGGUCUGGCUGACCGAGUGGUGAACUGCCAGGAAGUCCUAGAUGCCAUGAACCUGCUGGUCCUGCAGGUCAGCUGCUUCCCAUACACACUGCAGACGCGCCAAUCGCGCAUCAGCGUCCACAACGAGGUUUACUGGCCCUCCAACAACGGUCUGCAGGGGGAGCAGUCUCCUAAGGAACUGGUCUACUUUGGCCUGAGGGACUACAGCAGCUCCCUGCAGUGGGGCAUGGCCAGCCCCAUACUGCGAUGUGAUGAUGCGUUUGAGAAGAUGGUCCACACUCUGCUGGACAGACAUCCACACCUACACAGCAUGGUCAUCCGCAGCUACCUGCUCAUUCAGCAGUACACUGAGGCCAUGAUGGCCUUGACCUCUUCCCCGUCCCUGAGGGACCACAUCACCCCGGAGACUCUGGCCAUGGUGGAGGACCUGAUCAAUGCCCCGAGCAGAGAGGGCUCCCAGGGCCGGGGCCACAUGCUGCUGGUCCGCGUCCCCUCGCUGCAGCUCGCCAUGCUGGCCAGGGAGCGACUGGAGGACGUGAGGGACAAGCUGGGCCUGCAGCUGUGCUUUGCUGUUCUGCUGGGAAGUCCCGCCUCCGAACUCAACCUGCACAGAAACUUCAUCAGUCGCCUCAGGGCAUGGCGAGGCUGUGACAAUGAAGACUGGGUACCGCACACGUAUGAGGAUCUGGAGGGGCUGCCCUGCAUCGUCAUCCUCACCGGGAAAGAUCCUCUCGGAGAGACUUUUCCCAGGUCUCUCAAAUACAGCGACCUACGUCUGAUCGACUCCAGCUACUUGACUCGCACAGCUCUGGAGCAGGAGGUGGGUCUGGCCUGCACCUACGUGUCCAGGGAUGUCGUACAGGAGCCCAAGAGGGCCAUGGCCACACGGGAACCAGACCCAGAGAAGACGGCCAGCAGCAUGAACGAUGGCGACGAGCUGGAAAGACCUCAGAGCAACGGCAGCGCGGCAACCAGAACUUCUGGUUCUUUGGCAGAGAACGGAGUCAGUUCAUCUGAUGUUGCAGACUCUUUCCAGAAGCCCUCCACUUCCUCCUGCUUCCCCGAAGGUGCCGCCAUCUCAGACAUGGCAACGAUGACACAUGCGUUCAAGCAAGAGUGUGAUUCCUUGGGAAGCCAGUUCACCACCAACACCCCCAAAGCCUCCAAGGCUCCUCCUUCCCUCUACUCCAGCUCCUCAUCCUCCUCCCCUUCCCCGUCGUCCUCCUCCACCCAGAGACCCAGCCAGUCCACGCAGUGCAGCCGAGACCACAAACCUGCUCGAGUGUCGCCGCGGACAGUCAUCCUGUCCAGAGCGGCGUACAACCUGUUGGCGGGGGAGUCGGGGAGUCAGCUGAGCUCCUUCUCCCUGCUGCCGCAUGCAGAUGUGUCCUGGAGCAGCCCGCUGAGGCCUCUCAUCACCCACAACCUGCAGGGGGCAGAGCAGAGCACGCACUACCGCCAGUGGACCGUCGCCAAACAGCAUCAUGCUGAUUAUGAAGCGCCAUCUGUGCAGCAUCCACGGCGCUUGCUACUCAGCGGACCGCCACAGGUUGGGAAAACGGGUGCCUACCUGGAGUUCCUCCGCAUCAUGUUUCGAAUGCUCAUCCGGCUGUUGGAGGUUGAUGUGUAUGACGAGGAAGAGGAGGAGGAGGAAACGUCCGAAGUUACAACUCCAGAAAAUACCCACCAGUGGCCCGACAUUGAGGAGAUUCGAAAGCUGCCCUUUGACCCUUACCCCCGAGACCCUAAGUUCAAGAAGGCCAGCCCUGUUUUCUCUGAUAAGAUGCCAAAGGUCUUCAAAGACUUCAAUCACGAAGGAGAGGGCCAUGCUGCAGCUAAACGACAGACCAAGUCAAUACGUCUGAGCAGGUUCGCCGCGCACAACGCCUUUCAUCACUGUGAACAGUGUCACCACUACUGUGAAGCCGGCCCUGCCCCGCAGCUGUCGGAGUGCACCUUUCAUGCUUUCACCUUCUGCUCGUCCAUGCUGGGCGAAGAGGUCCAGCUCCAGUUUGUCAUUCCCAAAGCCAAAGAGCAGCACUUUGUCUUCAGCCAGCAGGGCAGCCACCUCGAGAGCAUGCGCCUGCCUCUGGUCACCAACAAGGAUCCGGAUUUAUUGAAGAGUCCGAUCUUCACCCCAACUACGGGACACCAAGAGCAAGGACUGCUCAACAUAUUUCACGCCACGGAGGGCGCGUAUCACGUGCACAUCCUGGUGGUGAAACAAUGCGAGAUGCCCCUCUACAGGAAGUACUGGCCCAACCACAUCCUCCUCGUCCUGCCGGCCAUGUUCAACAGUGCUGGAGUUGGUGCCGCACGAUUUAUGAUCAAAGAGCUGUCGUAUCAUAACCUGGAGCUGGAGAGGAACCGACUGGAGGAGCAGGGUGUCAAGCGGCAAGACGUGUGGCCGUUCAUCGUCAUGAUGGACGACUCCUGUGUCCUGUGGAACCUCCAACAAUCAGCAGACAGCAGCGAGACAUCAGAUGGAAUUUCCACCCUAAUCAACGUGUCUCUGAAGACAGUGCUGCAGCACAUGGAGUCCACGCCGAAGAUCUCUCUCUACGCCAUGUGCGGCACACGCAAGUGGAGCAGCGGCCUGAGCCGCCGCUCUACCAGCAACCCCUUCAGUCGGUGUCAUCUCCACGACUUUGUCAUGCUUAACGUGGACCUAACUCAAAAUGUUCAGUAUGACCUAAAUCGGUACAGCUGUGAAGAGGUGGACUUCAACCUGAGGGUGAACAGCAGUGGGCUUCUGCUGUGUCGCCUCAACUACUUCAGUCUGAUGAAGAAACACAUUCCAGCAGGAAACAACGACUUCCUGGUCAAACCUAAACUCAUGGAAAUGGAAAACCCGGCUCCAAUCAGCCCGUCCCAGUAUGUUUGUGCCCCAGACAGCGAGCAAACCCUCCUCGAUGCCCCGGCCCAGUUCCUGCUGGAAAGGUUCCUGCAGAGCUGCAGCCACAGAUUAUUUCCCAAGGCUGUUCAAAACAGAAACAACCCAGUUCUGUCCAUCGACAGCUACCUCAACAUCAGCCCAGAGAUCUCUGUGUGCUACUUCAACUCUCGUCCACACUCCACCAACCUGAGCCAUCAGGGCCUGGUGUUCAGUGGCCUCCUGCUGUACCUCUGCGACUCCUUCGUCGUCCCGGGACUCCUCAGGAAAUUCCGCUUCCUCAAAGGUGCCACCCUUUGUGUGAUCUGCCAAGACCGAAGUUCCCUGCGUCAGACCAUAGUCCGACUAGAGCUGGAGGACGAGUGGCAGUUCCGGCUGCGGGACGAGUUUCAGACGGCCAACUGCAGCGAGGACCGACCCCUCUACUUUCUGACCGGCCGCCACGUUUGAACCCCGUCACCGCAGUUGGGGGAGGUUCCGCCGCUCCGCUGCAGAAGCACAAUCAGAAACGAGGAAAGAUUUGAUUCCAGACCAGCCAGCUAUCGUGAUUCUUGCCACCACCGCCCCCCCUCCCCCCCAUACGAGGUCAGAUAGGACAUGUUGGAGCAGAAGACUUGAAGGUGAAGACACAUGUGGCUUGUCUUCACCUGUAUCACCACAGUGCUCUAUGCCUGGCUCUGCACAGGGACAGCACAUGUUUUUAAGCCUUGCUCAUAGCCGAGCCUGCGUUCCACCGAAGAAGACUUUGCUGUGUGGGAAAACAGCACAGCGGAAAAACUGACACUCUUCGAUGGAUAACGUGACUAUUUGAAGAUUGUAUGUGUACAUGGAGUGUGACUACAGUGUGUCCCAACCAGGACAUGAAGUCUGUGUUUAUCUCAGGGUUUUUAAGGGAGAUUACAAGGUGGUUGCUCAAAGGGGGUCAAGCCUGUCUCCCUGUUUACUGCGUAUUUUUGUCAUUACCAUAUGUCGGCACCAAAGAAGUCCUCGGCUGCACCUUGCUUUUUCCCUCCACUUUUCCUUUCUCACCUGCUCUCACUCUCAGAUUCCAUGAAGUUCAUCACCUAUAUAAUUCAACUCCUUUCAUAAAAAAUGUAAAGGUUGGCCCGUGUUUGGAUCUCUAUCGCGUUUAGGAUCGAGUUCUACUUAAAACAUCGGUGGCAUUCUAAACAUUGGAUGUCUUGUUUAGGCCUGCACACUUAAACUACAAAUUGGGGGUCUAUUCCUCGUGUGCCUCUAAGGUAUUUAUGUGGCAUUGAUAAUCCGUCUGACAAGGAGUGAGUGUGAUAAUAGUUUCCACAUGUCGUUCACGUUAAUUUAACCAAAGAAAAUGUUCACAGCUAAAGGAAAGGACAUGUGUGUCAAACUCAUCCGCUCAUGUUUCGUGCCAAUCAGAUGCACGUGCAAAAUGAAAGUGUAUUAGUAAUUAGAUAUAUAUUGUAAUAAGGCAUUUUCAUCGUAAUCGCAUAAAGUCAAGGAAUCAUCUUCACAGUUCACUGGCUAAUAACCUGCUACUGUGCCUGUGAUCUGAGGAUGACUAUACAUCGAAGAUCUUGGCUGUAUCUUAAAACUAUUUCCCCCCCCUCCAGUUUGAAAAACAAACUGUAAUCAUAAUCACCCGAGCAGGUCAAUUUAUAUACUUGAAAGUUGAAUGUUUUUCUAUAUUUUCUGCACAGGGUUGUCCAAAGAAUAUGCCUUAAGUGACGCUUCAUACAAGUCACUGCUCAAGUCAUGCAUCUUUUCGGACCUAUAUGAGAAUGAAGAAUCCAGUCUACUGUGAGAGGGAGAAGUAUUGUGUGUCAGAGUAAAACAAGAUGAAAGUUUGGAUUUCAGACUUCAGUACUGUUUAAAGCUUUGUUUACAUUAUUAAUAUAUUGUAUUGUCCCUUCACCACUGAGGGUUACUGAUGUUUUGUGUAACUUUUGCCAGUAUUUUCUUUUCGGUCAAAAAUGUUUUUUCUGCAUUUUGUGUUAUGUUGCAAAAGCAAGAAGAAUCUACCUAGAUGUGUCCUUAAUAACAUGUCUCUGUCCCGCGCUGUGCUUGCGUUGGACUUUUAUUGAAAAAGAAAAUCAAGUCCAUGAGGGGAUUUCUAUUUAUUUGACAAAUAUUUUUUUGGGACUGAUAAUCAUAUUGAAGUGUAUAUUUGAUUUGCAUGCUGCGCUCACUUAAACUAAGGGCGCGCGUCCUCCAUCCGUGAAGGCUUUUGCACGAGACCCAGGCGACGCUUCAUUAAACUGAAUGUCUUGGAGGUAGAAAUGUGAACUUGCACUAUACAAGUUGCCAAAACAAAAAACAAGAAUCCAUACAAGCAAAUCAAUUAAAUUAAGUUCUCCAAUCACUCAGAAUUGCUCCCAAGUAUGAGACUGGUGUUAAGAAAAAAAAGGAAAAAAAAAGCUUUUUGUCAAACUGCGGUGGUCCAUAGAAUGUGUCUUUGUUUUUUGAUAAUUUAACUCUUAAUAUGCAACUUGCUCUCACAAUCUUCACUGAAGUGUGCUUGAUAACCAUGUGCAGCCCAUUAGUAGCUUUGGUGUUUGGGUGAUCUACCUCAUGUUGACUAUUGUUGUUGUGGGUUGUGAACAUUAUGACAUAAGAGCCAUGCCACAGUUGUUGGAAAAUUUAUAAAUGUAAUAAAAUAACUUCUAAAUUC